AUGAGGGGGUGGGGGGGGGUCCCGGGACAUGAGGAGGGAGGGGUCCCAGGACAUGAGGAGGGAGAGGGGGGUGUGGGGGGGUCCCAGGACAUGAGGAGGGAGGGGGGGUGGGGGGGCACGGCAUUCACAGAGAAGGAAAAGCCACACACACCAGGAGGAGCUUUGGUCCACAUCAGCAUCAGCGUCAGUAGAACCUCGGAGCAGCAGAACCUCAGAGCAGCAGAACCUCAGAGCAGCAGAACCUCAGAGCAGCAGAACCUCAGAGCAGCAGAACCUCAGUGCAGCAGAACCUCAGUGCAGCAGAACCUCAGAGCAGCAGAACCUCAGAGCAGCAGAACCUCAGAGAAGCAGAACCUCAGUGCAGCAGAACCUCAGUGCAGCAGAACCUCAGAGCAGCAGAACCUCAGAGCAGCAGAACCUCAGUGCAGCAGAACCUCAGUGCAGCAGAACCUCAGAGCAGCAGAACCUCAGUGCAGCAGAACCUCAGAGCAGCAGAACCUCAGAGCAGCAGAACCUCAGUGCAGCAGAACCUCAGUGCAGCAGAACCUCAGAGCAGCAGAACCUCAGAGCAGCAGAACCUCAGAGCAGCAGAACCUCAGUGCAGCAGAACCUCAGAGCAGCAGAACCUCAGUGCAGCAGAACCUCAGAGCAGCAGAACCUCAGAGAAGCAGAACCUCAGAGCAGCAGAACCUCAGAGCAGCAGAACCUCAGUGCAGCAGAACCUCAGAGCAGCAGAACCUCAGAGAAGCAGAACCUCAGAGCAGCAGAACCUCAGAGCAGCAGAGCCUCAGUGAAGCAGAACCUCAGAGCAGCAGAACCUCAGUGAAGCAGAACCUCAGUGCAGCAGAACCUCGGAGCAGCAGAACCUCGGAGCAGCAGAACCUCAGAGAAGCAGAACCUCAGUGCAGCAGAACCUCAGAGCAGCAGAACCUCAGAGCAGCAGAACCUCAGAGCAGCAGAAACUCAGAGAAGCAGAACCUCAUAGCAGCAGAACCUCAGUGA